UCUGUCGUACGAACCAACACUAAUUAAUUUGUUCACUAAAGUGCGAAUGUAAAAGUGGUUCAUGUUUUUGUAAGAACGCAAAUAAUUUAUAAUCAAGAUGAAAUCUAAAAAGCGUCAUCAUGACUCUUCCGAAGAAUCAGAAGAAUCAGAACCUACCGCUAAAUCUAGCAGCACUUCGGAAAGUGAUAGUGAUGAUUCGUCUGUAUCAGAGCCCCGGCACAAGAAGAAAAAGAAACGCGCUGAUUCUUCAGGGUCGGACAGUAAUUCGGAUCAGAAACGUACGAAAAAACGAAAACAUAAGAAAAAGAAAAAGAAGCAUAGCAAGAAAAAACGUCGGUCUGAUUCCCUUGAUGACAUUUCUGAUGAUGCCAUUUCAAUAAGCGACGGUGAAAUCUCCAGUAAGAAAAGACGAAAACACAAACAUAAACAUUCCAAACGAGCCCACAGUUCUGUUAGUGGAGAUGAAAGAUAUGAAAAUCCUGGCGAGAGUCGUUUACUUAGUGUUGUGAAAGAACGACGGGCUUCUUCAGUUGGCAGUCAGCCUUCUCGUACCUAUUAUCAGAAAGAGUAUGAGCCUGCACAUACUGAUACCUAUACUCGCGAACAAGAAAUUGAGAAGUUUUACAGAGGAUCAAGUAAAGAAAAACGUGACUAUAGGGACAAUUACAACUACGACAGGGACCGGAGUGACAGGUAUGCCCCUCAUGAUGAUAAAUUCAACAGACAAAGGGACAGAUAUGGACAAAGUUCUCAUUUUACUCCUAAUCAAGAAUAUGGUGGCAGGCAGAGAGAAUUUGAUAACUUUAAGAGGCCAGUAAGAUAUGACGAGCAGAGACGUGAAGAUCAUUACAAGAGAGAUCGUGAACCACAAUAUGAGGCUCGUGAAGAAAGAGCUACUAAAUUCAAUCGUUAUGAGCAGAAACCUACCAAAAGGCCAGAGUUUGAUGAUAGGAGGGAUUAUCGUGACAGGCGUGCCCCAGCUGAGACUGACCGGUACCAUGAGAAGGAAUAUGAAAAAAGGGAUAAGUACCAUGAGGACAGACCACCACUAGAACAGAGCCGCGAUGUACGUCGCGACAGACCGAGCCGACCGGAUAAACCACCGGUAUCAACACAGUACAAGGAUCGCUCAAGAUCCAAAAGCGAAGAAGACCGUGCAUAUAAAGAUAAAAGAAGAGACGACAGGGAUAGGGAAGAAAAAGUUCGCGAUAGAUACAAGGACGAGCGUGAGGAGAAGGUACGCGAGCGAUUCAAGGAUGACGAAAGACGUGAGCGACCUCGCCGCAGUGCGGAGCGCGAUCGACGUCCGAGCAACAGCCGUCGAUCGGCCAAGCCUGAGUCGCCCAAACCACGAGAUCGAAAGAGCAGAUUCGAUAAUGGAAACGACAAAGAAUACAGUUGGGGUAAAACGGAUGGUAAGAAGGAAGGAGACAAGACGCAAGGAGAGAAAGAGAAACCUAACUUUGGGCUGUCUGGCAAACUGACUGCAGAUGCGAACACAGUGAACGGUGUCGUCAUCAAGUAUACUGAGCCUGAUGAUGCUAAGCAACCUAAGCGAAGAUGGAGAUUCUACCCAUUCAAGGGCGACAAAGCUUUACCGAUCCUGUACAUCCACCGGCAGUCGAGCUUCCUGAUAGGGCGCGACAAGAAGGUUGUGGACAUUUCCUUGGAGCACCCGUCCAUCAGCAAGCAGCACUCAGCUUUGCAGUACCGCGCCACGCCCUUUACACGCAACGAUGGGUCGCAGGGCCGACGCGUUAGGCCAUACAUAAUCGAUCUAGAAUCUGCAAACGGCACCUUUGUAAACAACAAGAAAAUCGAGCCUCGUCGUUACAUAGAGUUGCUCGAGCGCGACGUGGUUAAGUUCGGCUUUUCGCAGCGCGAGUACGUGCUUCUACAUGAGAAUAGCAAGGACGACGCUCAAGAUGACGAUCAGGACCCAGCGUUCCCCGUCACCACCACGGAUCAGAUGAAGUCGGAGAAGCACGCUAAAGAGGCAGCAGUAGCUGACGGGGAGUAAGUUUUAUCUUAUUUUAAGCUAUUAGAAUAAGUAAAUGGUAUAUAUUGGCGAAUAUGUUUGCGUACGCAUUUUGCGUUAAAAAUAUGCGACUAUUCGCGGCGUGUCUAGGGUAGGCAUUUAGCAGACAGAUGAUAUAAUUUUAAAAACCUAUUAUAAUAAUACAGUGCAUUCGUAAUAUAAAUACUACAUUAUAACGAAAUCAUUUUUAUUGGCGUUUCUCGCAAAUCUACCUGUGUUAAUAUCUUUUCCAUUGCUUGCACUUCAUACUUGCAUAACAGCAUUUCCUACGCUAAAGUUUAUUUUUCUAACUUUUGUUGGAGCAGAAAUUUAUCAUUUUAUUUUAUAUCUUCUGUGCUUAUUAAUGUCGAACACCCUCUUAUUCCUACUAAUUUCUGUGUGUCUCUAUAAGCGUGACAUUUUCGUAAAUAUGUACUCAACUUUAUGUAAUAAUCCACAGACUAAAGGAAAAAUAUAGUCUAAUGCUGAAUAUAAAAGCUGAUCGUAAAAUGCCAUCGUUUUUCUUUGUGGUUCAGUAAUUUUAUCGAAGAUAAUAUGUGUAUAAUGUUUUCGGACGUCGCCCCGAACAAAUUCCAUACCUACAUUACUUGAUUUGCAAACUGAACAGAUUUUGAAACAAACCAGCAUAUCGCGAGUAGAUACAGAAGUCAUGAAAACAAGCUGUCUAUAAAAUAAUUGAGUUGAAGUUGUCGAUUAAUCUAGACUUUUACUAUUAGUCAAACGGAUUUUACAAUAUUCCAAGUUUCCCUCAAGUUGUAAAGACUCUACAUCGGAUCUCGCUUUCGAAAAAAUAAAAUUCGUGCACACGCUAUAACAGGUUUGACAUAAAAUGUAGCGAAGGCAUUUUUUUCAUUUAGUCUGUGUCCAAGGGCGUAACCAAUAGCGUUAGGAAUUGUGGGAUGGGCCUUGGAAGUGUUCGUGACUUUUAAUAAUAAAGUGGGACUUUUAAUAAUAAGAUGCAGUAAGCUUGCAUUUAUGCCCGUUUUCACUAAACCUAGGACUAACUUUAAUCGGAUGCCUAGUGCUUGAGGUGAUUCAAUUGAUAUUAUUUCAUUUUCAAAUUGCUACUACAUUACAGAUAUUAUUAUGUAUUAAUAGGAUAAACCCGCAGAAUAAAAAUAAUAAGCAUGAUCAUAAUGAGUUGGUUUUAAUUUCGAUCGAAACUUUGAAAUGUAUCACAUCACUAUUUAGAUUACGUUGGCAACUAUAUUUUACGUAAAUACAUUAAGAAACGUCAGUUUACUGCAUUUAAUAAAUAGUCCGACUUUAGAUAAACUUUUACACUACGAGCUACGACCAUGGAUUAACCUUAUGUAAAUAAUUUAGUAAAUAUUGGCCAUUUCUUUGCUACAUUUCAGUUUGCAGCUGAAACUGUGUAAAAUAUUGACAUAAUUUAAUGUAAUUUUCAUAAAACGGCGCAUCUCGAGUUAAUACAACAUCAUAAUAAUACGCUUUUGCCAAUACUAUUUUUUUUAUAUAAUUUAAAUCUGUUUUGUAUUCAGACGCCAUGCUCUAUCGCUAUCGACUAACAGUUUAAAAGGUUCUUAAAGUAAGUAAAUAAAGCUUACAAGCUAUUUGUUAUAUGUUUUGAAUUUUUUUCUUUCAAGUGCCUAAAUGUCAACAUUUACACUAAUAAUUAUUGUACACACUUUAUCGUCAAUGAUAAACUAUGAAACUUCCUUAUAUUAUGGUAUAUUUUUGUAUGUUUUUUCUUUGAAAUAAGUGAGAAAUGAAACGUUAAGUUACUGAUAUGUAUGUUUUGGUUUAAUUAUAACAGAUCAUAGAAAACCAUAGGUACAUAUUUUCACUAAAAUAAGUUCUGGAACAUAUUGUAAUAAAUGCAUAACUAUUAAUGA